AUGGCCGAUGACGACAAUGAGCACCGCCUGACGGACGGCGUGUCUGUGGACGCGGUCAAGACCUUCCUCGCAGACCUGCAGAGCGAGUUUCCCAACACGUACACUGAGAUGACGACGGAGGAUGCCUGCAAGCAGCUCGUGGUGCCACGCACCCAGCAGGACAACUGCGCGUACGUGGACUUUUUGCGCAAGCAGUCACCACAGAACGAUGUGGGCAAGGCCACCGUGUUUGUGUCGCACGCGUGGCGGUACAAGAUCGUAGACGUGUUGAACGUGUUGCUCGAGUUUGCGGAUGAGCAAGGAAGGAAGGAAGACAGCCAGCCCGUGUUCUUCUGGUUUGACCUCUUCAUGAACAACCAAAACGCCAACGUCACGGCCAACCUCCCACAAGAGUGGUGGAGCACAACGUUCAAGGAGUCGAUUGCCAACAUUGGGCGCGUGCUGCUGGUGUUGAUGCCGUGGCGUGACCCCGUCCCACUGACGCGCGCGUGGUGCCUAUGGGAGAUCUUCUGCGGCAUCAGCAACGAGGGCACAGAGGUCAACAUCCGCCUGCCCAACAGCGAGGAGAAGGCACUGGAACGGGCCAUCUAUGAGGACUACGACGCCGUCAUGAACACGCUUGUGUGCGUGCAAGCACAGCGGGCGGAGGCCUUCAACCCGCACGACAAAGACAUGAUCUUCGAAGCCAUACAGGACGGCGUUGGCUUUGCGGCUCUCAACCAGGCUGUGAAGGACCAGCUGCGCGCUUGGUGCCUGGACAAGGCGGUGGCUGCGGUGGAGGCGAUGCGGGCACGGGGCGAGGACGAGACAAAGGCGUUCUCAGGGUUGUGCAGCCACGUUGGGAGCUUGCUCAGCGACUUUGGCGAACACGAUCAGGCCAUCGCGUACUACCAGACAGCCCUGGCGAUUUGCUUGCGCACUGAGGGGGAGGAAGGAAAGAAUGUGGCGGUCCUGUACAACAACCUCGGCAUCACCUACAGCGGCAAGGGGGAAUACGACAGGGCCAUUGGGUAUUACGAGAAGGCAGAGGAGGUGUUUGUGGAGGCGCUUGGCGAGAAGCACCCGAGCACAGCCCAGACGUACAUGGGCAUGGGGGCCACGUAUAAUAGCAAGGGGGAAUACGACAAGGCCAUUGGGUAUUACGAGAAGGCGAAAGAGGUGUUUGUGGAGGCGCUCGGCGACAAGCACACGAGCACAGCAGACUCGUACAACAACCUGGGCAACGCGUACGCCGACAAAGGCGACAUCGACAAGGCCAUCCACUACUAUGAAAAGGACCUGGCCAUCACAGCUGAGUUGUUGGGGGACAAGCAUCCGAGCACAGCAACGUCGUACAGCAAUUUGGGCAACGCGUACGCUGACAAGGGCGAGCACGACAAGGCCAUUCACUACUUUGAGAGGAGCUGCGAAAUCCGGGUGGAGACGCUUGGUGAGAAGCAUCCAAGCACAGCGGACUCGUACCACAACCUGGGCAACGCGUACGCUGACGAGGGCGAGCACGACAAGGCCAUUCAGUACUAUGAGAAGAGCCUCGACAUCAAGGUGGAGACGCUUGGUGAGAAACACCCAAGCACAGCCCAGGCAUACACCAAUUUGGGCAUCGUGUUCAAGCGCAAAGGCGAGUACGACAGAGCCAUUGAGUGUUACCAGAAGAGUCUCGACAUCAAGGUGGAGACGCUUGGUGAGAAGCAUCCAAGCACAGCAGACUUGUACAACAACCUGGGCAUCGUGUUCAAGCGCAAAGGCGAGUACGACAAGGCGAUUGAGUGUUACCAGAAGAGUCUCGACAUCAAGGUGGAGACGCUUGGUGAGAAGCAUACGAAAACAGCAGACUCGUACAACAGCCUGGGCAACGCGUACGCUGACAUUGAUGAACACGACAAGGCGAUUGAGUGUUAUGAGAAGGACCUGACCAUCACAGCUGAGUUGUUGGGGGACAAGCACCCGAGCACAGCCGCGUCGUACAACAACCUGGGCAUCGUGUUCAAGCGCAAAGGCGAGUACGACAGAGCCAUUGAGUGUUACCAGAAGAGUCUCGACAUCAAGGUGGAGACGCUUGGUGAGAAGCAUACGAAAACAGCCCAGGCGUACUUCAACAUUGGCCUUCUGCAUGACCGACACGGCGACAAGAAGCAGGCGUGCACCUACAUGCAGCUUGCGUUUGAUGCUUACUCUGCCACGCUUGGACCAGAUCACCCACGCACGUGCAAGGCGGAGCGCAAGCUGCGGUGCACCCGCGGUAACAUGGACAGGGCACGUGCAGUCAUUACAGUCCCGCUGCAUGCUGAGAAUGAGGAGAAGGAGAAGGAGACGGAGACGGAGACGGAGAAGGAGAAGGAGAAGGAGACGGAGACGGAGACGGAGAAGGAGAAGGAGAAGGAGACGGAGACGGAGACGGAGACGGAGACGGAGAAGGAGAAGGAGAAGGAGACGGAGAAGGAGAAGGAGAAGGAGAAGGAGAAGGAGAAGGAGAAGGAGAAGGAGAAGGAGAAAGUUGGAGUGGAAGGAGGAGAAAGCCAAGACAGCGAAGGUGGCGAAAAGAACGAAGGAAAACCAGCAGUUAACGUGUCUGAAGUACCUGUCGUACUUUCAGCGCCUGGUUUAAGGUCAAUGCACGGACGUAGUCAUGGCGCGGAGCAGCACGACACCCAGCUCCCUACACAGCCGUUCACCGGCUGGUUGCAGAAGCGAGGGCUGUGGAACACGGCCUUUCGCACACGCUGGUGCGAGCUUGCCGAUGCCAGCCUGACUUACAGCAAGGGUCCUGGCCUGUCAGAACGUGGGCGUAUCUCGUUGUCAAUUGUACAGUCAGUUACUCUUGCGCAAGACGGUGGGGAGCUGCAUGUCGCUGUUCCUGGCCGCCUGUUCACCUUCCGCCUGGACGAGCGCUCUGAUACCACCCUUGGUGACUGGUGCAGUGCCCUUCGCAGCCGCAUGCGUCCCGCCACUUGACAUGGACUAUGAAG